UCCUCCUCAUGGCGUCCCAACAACAGUCGAGAAUCCAGUCCUACCUGGAGAAGAACAAGAUCGGACCUUUGUUUGAGGAGAUGAUGACGAAGUUGAUAACGGAGACUCCAGACCAGCCAAUCCCCUUCCUCAUCAGCCACCUGCAGAGCCGAUUGGACAGCCCCGGGAAACUACAGAGGGCACUAUCCGGCUCCGCCGCCCUGUGGGCAGACACCGGUACUGCAGAGAGUAAAGGCGGUCGUGGUGAGUGUCGGGGACAUGAGAAGCCGUGGCAGAUCCACCCCAAGAAGCCCAAGAAGUCCAAAAGUGACCUGGCCAUGUCCAACAUCUCCCCACCCUCCCCAGAGUCCAAAUCACUUCCGCGUACCAAUGAUCGUCCGUCGUGGGACUGGCGUAACAGUCGGCCGGAGAGUCACGACUUCGAUGAGCUGAAUCACAUCCUGCUGGAGAGCAAGAAGCUGGGGAAGGCUUUGGAGAACCUCUCACGCAGUAUUGCGGAGUCGGAUGACCAGGACCUGUGUCUGUAUGGUACGUCCCUGCUGAGGCCGCGCGUGGUGGGGGAGUGGGGCCGCGAGGAGAACGACUCGGAUCCUCUAGCCGCCGAGAUGCUGCAGCCGCCCGUCCCCAGAGCCAAGACGGAGACCAGCGAGGAGAGCAGCCCUGCCGGCAGAUUAAAAAUAGCCUGGGGUAAUAAGGGUCUUCGUCAGCAGCAGCAGCACCAUAAGAAGCUCCUGGCCGCCAUGCUGUCCCAGGAUUCCUUCGACUCCAUUCCGAGCUCCGCCCCUUCCGUCACCGAGGACGACAUCGAGGAUGAAGACGACGCCAUGGAGCUACUGGGUGAGGGG